AUGUCUGGAUCAAUCUGUCUGCGGUGCCUGGCCAGGCCGGCAGUGGGCACACUAGAGCAGAGCUCACUACGAAUCACCGCACAAGCAACAGCCGCAUUCUCAACCAGCGCCGCGCUGGAAGCCAACUCUGCCGUCAAGAAGAAGAGCGUCUCGGUCGUCAAGCCCGGCCGUGGAGCCAACGCCUCAUUCAGCAAGGCCCAAGGGAAAAUCCGCAAGGGACAGCCUGGAGGACGAACGGGCAAGCCGCCGGGCGAGGGCGAGCGCAAGGCCAUGCGCAANAGAGUCGUGCUGUCCAACACCAACGCCGUCGAGGUCCAGGGUCUUGACAACUUUUCGGCCACCAACAUUUACGAUGCUGCGAUUGAAGGGCAGGUCAUGGGGCUUAGCAACGAGGUCAUUGAUGCUCUGCGCGCGACUGAGGCCUUUAAGCCUACCCAAGGAUGGAGCCUUUUCCGAAGACCGGCUACUCUGGUGCGCAAGGAGACGGCCGAGCUUGCUAGAUUGAUGAAGGAUAUCGAGGCCAACAAGACUUCGGUGCGUCGUGUCAUAUACGGAGAGCGCGGCUCGGGAAAGAGUGUUCUGGCUCUGCAGGCCAAAGCAAUGGCUCUGCUCAAGGGCUGGAUCGUCGUACACAUCCCCGAAGGUAAGCACCUGCCAGAGACACAGAGACCAAAAGAGCACGACAAACUGACCGCCUCAUCACANGCCAAAGAGCUCAUCCUCGGAAACUCGUCCUACGCACCCUCGACCGAACCCGGCAUCUACAACCAACCCCACUUCACCGCCGCCCUACUCGGCCAAAUCGCAAAAGCAAACCACACAGUACUCGCCAAACUGCGCCUUUCCCAGAAACACGAGCUAUCCAUCCCCGUGCAAUCAAACAUCUCGCUCGACCGUUUCGCCAUGAUGGGCGCCCAAGACCCAGAAAUCGCCUGCGAAAUCUACACUGCACUGUGGGCUGAACUGACAUCUCCCUCACAAGAAGGAGAAGGCCUUGCUCGUCCUCCAGUGGUGUUUACCGUCGACUCCAUCGCACACGUCAUGCGCGACUCGGCAUACAUGGACCCCGAUGUCCAGCCCAUCCACGCCCACGACUUGGCAAUCGUGAACCACUUCUUCAAGUUGCUGUCGGGCAAGCAAGCCCUUCCCAACGGCGGCAUGGUCUUUGCCGCAGACUCGGGCAGCAACAGACCCACGAUCCCCGGUUUCGACCACGCAAUUGCGCGUAAUGCCGCCCUCGCACAAAAGAAACAGGCUCCUCAAUGGGAUCCUUGGGUCAAGGUUGACCAGCGAAGCAUCGAUGUGCUGAAUGAUGUGGAUGUCUGGCAGAUCAAGGGAUUGACCAGGGAAGAGGCCCGUAGCAUCAUGGAGUACUAUGCCAAGAGCGGCAUGCUGCGUCAAACCGUCAACGACAACUUGGUCGCAGAGAAGUGGACAUUGAGUGGUGGUGGUAUCAUCGGCGAGCUCGAGAAGGGCACUGUCAAGACUCGCAUCUAG